AUGCCUCAAAGCAUAGUUUCUGAUAGAGGAGCAACUUUAACUAGCCCAUUUUGGAAGGAGUUAUUCAAGUUACAAGAAGUAACAUUUUCUUACUCAUCUGCUUAUCAUCCUCAAAGUGAAGGGCAGACCGAAGCAGUUAACAAAUUCCUUGAGCAUUUUCUGAGAAGCUUUCCUGGUGAUGAACCACGACCCCCUACUAAAUUGCAAUCUUAUAUACCUAGUUUAACUGCUAAUCAGGUAAUAGAAGAAGUCUUGAAAACCAAAUAUCAAAUUUUGUCAACAUUGAAGCUUAACUUCUCUGCUUCUCAGGAAAGAAUGAAGUUCCAGGAUGAUAAAAGAAGGACUAGGAGGGAGCUUGCAGUUGGAGACUGGGUGUAUCUUAGGCUGCAGCCUUAUAGACAACAGUCAUUGGCGAGCAGGAGGAACUUUAAGCUUUCUCCUAGAUUCCUUGGACCAUUUUAG